AUGGCGCUCUGCCAAAACCGUCUCCAAGAGGAGAGGAAACAGUGGCGGCGCGACCAUCCUUUUGGCUUCUACGCCAGACCUGCGCGCACAAGCGAGGGCGUGCUCGACCUGAAGAACUGGGAAUGUGGCAUCCCUGGCAAGGAGAAGACCAUCUGGGAGAAUGGCCUUUUCAAGCUCAACAUCGCCUUCCCCGAUGGUAAAAAGUUCCGCCCAGAGACCCGCGAGCGAAGGGAGGCUGACUCUAGAGUAGAAUACCCCACGAAGCCGCCAAAGUGCAAAUUUGUUCCGCCGCUGUUCCACCCAAAUGUCUACCCAUCCGGCACCGUCUGUCUCUCGAUCCUCAACGAGGAAGAGGCUUGGAAGCCUGCGAUCACCGUGAAGCAGAUCCUGCUCGGUAUUCAAGACCUCCUCAACGAUCCGAACCCCGAGUCGCCUGCGCAGGCGGAUGCGUACAAUCUAUUCAAGAAGGAUCGCGUCGAGUACGAGAAGAGGGUCAAAAGAGUGGUCAAGGACAACCCGGCACCUUGA